CUCAUUAAACUAAGAAGGCAAGCAUUUUUUUUCUUCUAAUGUGCACAACCCCAGCUAUGAUGUUCUUAUGUUCAAGAAAUCUUUAAAUGUGUAAACCUCAAUACUUCAGGUUUAGCAAGAUGCUAAUGCAAACAGUCUGUGGCAAACUCUGGUAGCAAGAUGCACCCUUCUCACUAUUUCUUGCUAAAUACUUUUACCGGCAAAUUAGAGAGUGGCAGUAACUUAACUGGUGUCUAUAGCCUAUAAUGCUGUAUCCCCAUGGUUAAAAUUAGGCUAUGGAGUUCAUAUGUGGGUAACUGUUACAGGAAGACCGUUAUUUAAAUUAUAAGUUAAAUCGCGAGCUCUGAAGCACUUACUUGAGAAACAGCUGUAGAAAGCAGACCCAGAUAUCCUAAUAAACUUGUCAUCAUAACUUAACAAAAACAUUCUUUCCACUCUUCAAAUAAAGGGUAAUGUUUAAAACAUAGCAUUUUGCAUUUUCUGAGGUAAAUGUGAGCGAUGCUACCGCUAAAGUCUUAUGAAGAAAAGAUGAACGCUGCUCCCUAGUGGUCGCUUCGGGUUUCCCUCCUUUUUGUGAAGUAUUGAAUACUUUUGGCAUGAACAAAUUUGAUGAAGAAAUUAGCUAUGUUGGUACUAUUAGCAUCCGUCAUGCUGGCAUUGUUGACUUAUAAUGUGCUUUAUGUAUUUUACCGCAGUGUUAUUUUGUAUUGCCUACUUUUGAAAUGUCAUUAGCUUUCAGCUAUUUUGUAUUUUUCCUCAGGCAUUAUGGGAUAGCAAAGUGUUGGACACUUUCCUGUAACUUGCUAUCUAGCAUUUAGCUCAAAAUGCUAGAUAGAAUGUUUUUCAUUCAAGUGCUGUUUUUUUUAGCUAUCUGGCUUUAUGCAUAGUUAUAGUUAACUACACAAGUUAGAGCUUUUAUUUACAAAAUGUGCUAGCUGUAGUAACCUUUUUUGUUUACCGUAAAGUAUAUGUAUUUCUAUACAUGAGUACAUUAUGCACAUAAUUAAGAAAAAUGAACUCUUUGUGCGUUUUUUGGGUGGAAGUAGGUCACGCUGAACCCAUAUAAGCUCAUCUGAUCCCUAAAAUUUGGCAGAGAUUUUUGCUUGCAGCCGGGAAUGGCAUUUCUGUGUGUAUCUGAGCGUGUUUGUUUGCAUAUUUGCAGAUGUUUGUGUGUGUUAAUGCUACAGGCCAUUGUGUAGCAUGGAAUUUUAAUACUUUGCAUACAGGAAGUUGAUUUUCCACUUUUCUGGACCAAUAAUUUUUAAUACGAGCGCUUGUGGAGGUGUGUGCGUACCUACCAACACAGCUGAAUAAACACACAUCCAAACAGGCCCAUGCGCUCAGUGCCGUCUCUAUACCCCAUAAUCCACCUGUCUUUUUCUAGAAAGCACUGACUCAAUUUUUGGAUCUGGUUUUCAUGACAAAGCGAAUGUCCUCUUUACAGAGAGAUGUCUGGGUAUAAAAGAGCCAGAGUGGGACGGGCCUGAACCAGCACAGCUCCGCAGCUCUACCCCCUCCACAGGCGCCGCCACCAGCCGAACCUCAGCAGAAUGGGCCGGAUAAUUUUCUACGAGGACAAGAACUUCCAGGGCCGUCGGUACGAGUGCGACAGCGACUGUUCGGACUUCCAUGCCUACCUGAACCGGUGUAACUCCAUCCGUGUGGAGAGCGGGGCCUGGGUGGUCUACGAGAGGCCCAACUUCAUGGGCUACCAGUAUGUUCUGACCCGGGGCGAGUAUCCGGAUUACCAGCGCUGGAUGGGUCUGAACGACCGCCUCUGCUCCUGCAAGAUGAUCCACUUCGUGAGCGGUUCUGAGUACAAGAUCCAGCUCUAUGACAAAGGAGAUUUCGCGGGCCAGGUGUACGAGACCACCGAGGAUUGUCCAUCCAUGGUGGAGCGCUUUCGGACACGCGAGGUCCACUCCUGUAAGGUGCUAGACGGGAUCUGGAUCUUCUACGAGCACCCAAACUAGGGGCGCCAGUACCUACUGGAGAAGGGGGAAUACCGUAAACCCGUGGAAUGGGGCGCCGUCUGCCCCACGGUUCAAUCCUUCAAACGCCUGACGGAGUGACGUCUGAACUGGAAAUCCAUCCAUCUGCAGUGUUCCCUUGCCUCCAAACCACCCAACCAUGACAGCACCGACACACCUGUGCCGAAUCAA